AUGCCCAAUGGCAUGGGUUGUGCCCCACUCUACUUCUUUGCCAUACUAGAUCUGAAGUUUCUGCAUUUAACACGGGCGCUCAUGCCCAGUGCUGUCGCCGCCACCGUCGGUCGCCGCAGCAGGCCACCGUCUUCGCCAAUCGGCGGCGAUGGGCGACGGCAGGCGGGCGACGACCAGCGCGCAACGGUGGCGGAGGCGGACGGCGAUCAACGGCCGGCGAUCGACGGCCGGCAAUUGGCAGCGGCGGUGGCGACCAAUUACCGGCGGCCGGCGGCGACCAGUGGCCGACGAUCGGCGACCGGCGGCGGCCGACUAUCGGCGACUGGCGGCGGUCGACGACCGACGACCGGUGAUGGAUGGCGACCGGCGGCGGUCGGCGACGGCCGACGACCGGCGGCGGCCGGCGACGGCCGACGACCGGCGGCGGCCGGCGACAGCCGACGACCGGCGGCGACCGGCGACGACCGACGACCGACGGCGGCCGGCGACCAACGACGGGCGGCGGCCGGCGACCGGCGGCGGCCAGCGACCGGCGGCGGGCGGCGGGCGGCGGCCGGUGACCGGCGGCGGUCGGCGGCGGUCGGCGGUGACCGGCGGCGGUUGGCGGUGGUCGGCGGUGACCGGCGGCGGCCGGCGACGAAGGUCAGCGACCGGUGGCGGGCGGCGGUCGACAACAGACUAGGGGUACAUUCGGCAUUUAAACUUUGGUGA